CGCAAACGAUUGUUGUCGCAGCCAGGCGCAUGCAUGGAAGCGCCGACGAUGGAGCUCAGCGUCGACGAGGUCCUCGACUGGCUGCCGCCCGCCGACGAAGAGUCGUUGGCCUUUCUUGACGACGUGCUGCCGCUGGCCAAGCCCAAGACAAAGCCCAAGCGCGUGCGUAUCAACCGAAUGGCGGCCGAGCUGCUCGAGCUCCGCGGGGCCCAAAGCCAUCUUGAGGACGAGGUAGCGCAGUUGCGCGCCCGCCGCAGCUGCAAGGCUUCGUCCAAGUGGCAAAACCUGGCAAUUGCACAGAACGCGCUGAAGCUAAAGGCGCUGCGCGAGAACGACGAGCUGCGCGCUGCGCUGACAGAGCAGACGGCCUUCCGCGAGUACCUCGAGCGCGCAUUUCGGAGGCUGCCGUGGUCACUGCACAAGCAAUUGCAAGACACCAAGUGGCGCGACCUGACGCUGGACGCCAAUGCCGGCGAGCGCAUCGCAGCCAUCCACGCCAUUGCCGACCGCCAGUACGCGCUUCUCGAGUCGGAGAUGAUCGCCGCUGGCCUUCUCGAGUCGGACGGCGACGACAUUUUGGACUUUCGCACCACUUUGAUGCAAGGCCGCGUUGUCUCCGAAGGAAGUCGCUCGUGCACGUUCCAGGCUGACGUGGCGACGAUUGCGGCCGCCGCGCAUCAGACGAUUCUCGACCGGCGACGCCUCACCGCCUUCCACGGCGACCAUACCACCUUCCACGUCGACGACGACACGACGUACAUGCGAGACGAGCUUGUGCAUCCUAAUGGCGUCAUCAAGGUCGUCUCGGGCAUGAUCACCAAGCGCUACGUCAACCCAACGUCGGGCGCCAUUGCCAUCGUCUGGCGCAGUGUCCUCCAUGACGAAGCAGGACCGAUCGAGUCGGACGUCUUUACAAACAACGAACACGGCUGGGUCGAGUACUCACCGUGCAGCGACGGUAUGACACGGUACAAAGCGUACUUGCGCGCGGCGAGUCCAACGCCCGUGGACGAACUCGACACGCUGAGCAGCCUCGUCGACAUGCUGCGCAUUGACGCCGCCCAUCGGUCGACGGAUGCGACGAUUGACGGCAUCACAGAUACCAUUUCCAAGACAUUUGCGAGCCUCUUUACUCAAUUUGAGCAAGAGGUGCACGCCAAGUGCGCAGUCCAGGAGCUUAACUUAAGUAGCUGACGCUCCUUCUCGCCUCAACAUGCAAUGUCCUCGUAUCUCCUCGCGAUAGAAAGUGCACUCGGCCGAAUCUCGGUCUU